UUCUUUUAUUUGCGCCAUUUUGGAUUGGGCAGUUUGCGGGCUGGCUGUGUAUUGUCCGUCUGAAGAGAAUGGGCAAAGCAAUUCUCACUACCGGGGAAGUAUAGGCACAGUUAAAGGUGAUUUUCUAUUUCGGGAGUAAAACAGCUAACAUGUGUCCGCCCUCAGCGCUCCGCGGAACUGCCCUAUUGGUUGUCCGGUGAAGCUCGGAGCGCUCUCCGUUUCCGCUCUCUGGCUAGAGGAGGCAGGAUAGCCGCGGUUUGGUAAGGGACCAUCGGGCUUGGGGAGGGAAGACCGACGGCCGAUGAUCCUCCUCGGAAGACACCUGGGAGGACACAGCUGUGCGCGCUAGAGUGUGAAGACACGGCCUCGGUCAGCCUGAGGUGACACGGUUCGCUCACACGGGAGUCCUGGAUGUGAAAGCAGGCGGGCAGAAUGUUCCAGCUCCCAGUCAAUAACCUCACCAGCCUACGGAAAGCCAGGAGAAAUGUCAAGAAAGUCCUGGGAGAUAUCGGCCUGGAGUUCUGCAGAGAUCACCUACAGGACUAUAAAGAUUUUAACCCUCCUGAGGUGUAUAUUAAGCACACAACCUGGGAAGAUGUGUGUAUGUGGGAACCAUCCCAUACCAAAGUCCAGGACUACAGAUCCAAACCUUUUUGCUGCUCUGGCUGCUUAUUUUCAUCCAAGUAUUUCUCAGCAUACAAGAGCCACUUCCGCAACGUCCACAGCGAGGACUUUGAGAACAACAUUCUGCUCAAUUGUCCCUACUGCACUUUCAAUGGCAACAAGAAGACCCUGGAAACACACAUUAAACUCUUCCACAUGCCUAAUAACAGCUUGCGGCAGGGGCCCGGUGCCGUGGCAGCAGCAGGAGCUGGUGGGAUCAUGAUGAAGGAUGGCUUACUGAAGAGGACGGUGGAUAAUGUGGAGCAGGCGGUGUACUACUGCAAGAAGUGCACCUACAGGGACCCUUUGUACAAUGUGGUGCGAAAGCACAUCUACCGGGAACACUUUCAACAAGUGGCCCAUCCUUACAUCGUAAAGCCAGGAGAGAAAACAAACAGUCACAACGGUGGCACAACGGAGAGCAAUACAACGCAUGGUGGUAACGCAAACCAAAUUCACUGCAAGAAGUGUCUAUUUGUUCCGCGGACCUACGAAGCGUUGGUCCAACACGUCAUCGAGGACCACGAGAGGAUCGGCUAUCAGGUCACGGCCAUGAUCGGCCACACCAGUGUGAUAGUCCCUCGACCAAAACCGCUCGUUAUGUUCCCGGCCAAAACUCAAGGAGACAAGACCAUAAUCGGGAUGGGCCCCAAAGGAGCAGUGAUGGCCACGCCGAGGUCUUCUGCGUCCCAACAGCUUAGUCGAGCCGCCGCUGCUGCUGUCGCAGCAUCUAAGGCUGCCUUUAACUCCCACAGUUUUCUAACUGGACUAAAACAUGACUCUUUGGGGUUAAAGGCAGGCAGCGUGCAGCCUUUCUCUCUGGGCAACCAUCACGUUAGAGGAACUUUGCCGGGAAACGCUCAGGUGUCUGUGCCACAGCAGUCGCAUGCAGCAAAGCAGCUCAUCUCCGCCAAUAGUCUGCGGAGCCCGCUGGUGGCUGGCGCUUCUUCCUCUCUUAAAUCCAACCCAUUGGGCUCACGUGUUCAGGCAGCCGCCACCACGGUAGCGGCUGUCACAGCAAAGAAAGGUGGCUCCUCAGUUCUCGGCACAUCCUACACCCAGAAGUGGAAGAUCUGCACCAUCUGCAACGAGCUGUUCCCAGAGAACGUCUACAGUGCUCACUUUGAGAAGGAGCACAAAGCAGAGAAGGUGCCUGCUGUGGCCAACUACAUCAUGAAGAUUCACAACUUCACCAGCAAGUGUCUGUACUGCAACCGCUAUCUCCCCAGUGACACGCUGUUGAACCACAUGCUGAUCCACGGCCUGUCCUGCCCGUACUGUCGGGCAACAUUCAAUGACGUGGAGAAAAUGGUUGCGCACAUGCGGCUAUCGCACCCUGAGGAAAAAGUUGGACCUCGCACCGACUCUCCACUGACUUUUGACCUCACUCUGCAGCAGGGAAACCCCAAAAACGUUCAGUUGAUUGUCACUACAUAUAACAUGAGGGAUGCACCCGAAGAGUCGGUUGCAUUUCAUGCCCAGAACAGCACCUCCUCCAUCUCGUCAAACCUCUCUGCUUCUCUUCUAGGGGGGAAGAGGUUGAUGCCUCAGCAGCCAUCUAAAACGUCAUCGGGCCUCUCAGACAUUCCUCAAAUCAAGAGCGCCCCGCAAGCUUCCGUACCUUACAAGAGAGAUGUCGGAAAGACUCUGUGCCCUCUCUGCUUCUCCAUCCUCAAGGGCCCGAUCUCAGAUUCGUUGGCCCACCAUCUAAGAGAGCGGCACCAGGUGAUUCAGACCGUUCAUCCUGUAGAAAAGAAGCUGACCUAUAAAUGCAUUCACUGCUUGGGGGUUUAUACAAGUAACAUGACUGCGUCUACCAUCACGCUCCACUUAGUACACUGUCGAGGUGUGGGGAAGUCGCAGAACGGACAAGACACCAGGGUCGCCCAGUCUUCUCGCGUCAGCCAGUCUCAGAGCAGCGCACUGAAACGGCCUGGCUUCGAUAGCUCUGACACCAUCUCACCGAAGCGAAGGAGGCCGGGACCUCCCGGUCAAAGGGCACACCCUCGGGACCUCAAUGGUCCGUCUUACUUUGAAGAAAAUCCAAACGAACCUGUAGUCCUUGCUCUUGACCCCAAAGGCCAGGAAAGUAAGUCGUACGAGUCCAGGAAAGCAUUUCUGACGCAAUAUUUCAAUUGUGCGCCAUACCCUACCCAACGAGAGGUGGGCAAGCUGGCAUCUAGUCUCUGGCUGUGGAGGUCGGACGUCUCCGGACAUUUUGUCGGCACAAGAAGAAAGUGCAUACAGGAGUGUGAAAGCCAGCGGCCCAGUGUGUUGCUGGGAUUCAGCAUGCACGACCUCAGCAAGCUUCGUCACGACCUGGAGUUUGACGCGGAGGACGCUUACGAAGGCAAACACGGCAAGCAGCGGACUUCCAGGACACGCAUGGGGGUAUCGGAACAGGCUCUCCAGAGACACAGGGAACUCGUGGCUGCCAACGGUGGAGUUGAGCAGCCGCAGGAGGGAGAGUUGGCGGGGAAGGAGGAAGGUUUGCUUCCCAAACCAAGUACUGUCAGCAGAGACCAAACCAAGACAAUCAGCAGCACCUUACCACAGAAAAUGCCUCUAGACCUCUCUGAGCCCAUCUCCAUAGACUCUGAAAGUGACGAGGAAGAGCAGCAGAGGAAUGACAAGAAACCAGGGGCAGCAGCACAUAUCCAUAGUAACCAGCAGUUUACAGGAUCUAAAGAGAGACUGGAGACAAGGACAGACAUCAAAACAGUUUCAGAUCUGGAUGACAUGUCUGAUGAUGACGAUGAAGAUGAGGAUGAUGACGACGACGACGAUGAUGACGAAGACGAUGAAGGGGAACAUGUAGAGAAUGGUUUUUGCGCUACUGAGAACUCAGGAAGAGACAGUCUGCCCAUUAUUAUCCCCAAGUUUGUACCGUCGUCCGCUAGAAACCAGAGAGAUGGAGCCCAGCUGGGCAAACAGCAGUCCUGACUGCGUCAGUCAGUCUGAGAAGAUCACACCAAUAAAUCUGCCUCACCUGAAGUAAAUGAUAGCUUCUCUGAGUUUCAGGGGUGAAGCAAAUGGGACAAAUAAAUAAAUUUAAAAAAGCCA